UGGGCUGCGGGGCGCGGCGCCUUGAGGCCGGGCGGCGGGUCCGGCGGCCGUCGGAAGCUGCCCGCCGAGGGGCUGACGAGGGCCGCGGGCGCGGGGCUCCGGCGGCCGCUGAUGGGAGGCGGUCCCCGGGAGAGCAAGCGACGGCGCCGCAGCCACCAUGGGGAACAAGCAGACCAUCUUCACCGAAGAGCAGCUGGACAACUACCAGGACUGCACCUUCUUCAAUAAGAAGGACAUCCUCAAGCUCCACGCGCGCUUCUAUGAGCUGGCCCCCAACCUCGUCCCGAUGGACUACAGGAAGAGCCCCAUCGUCCACGUGCCCAUGAGCCUCAUCAUCCAGAUGCCGGAGCUCCGGGAGAAUCCCUUCAAGGAAAGGAUUGUGGAGGCUUUUUCUGAGGAUGGCGAGGGGAACCUCACCUUCAACGACUUUGUCGACAUGUUUUCUGUGCUCUGUGAGUCGGCUCCCCGCGACCUCAAGGCAAACUACGCCUUCAAGAUCUACGACUUCAACACCGACAACUUCAUCUGCAAGGAGGACCUGGAGAUGACGCUGGCCCGGCUCACCAAGUCGGAGCUGGACGAGGACGAGGUGGUGCUCGUGUGUGACAAGGUCAUUGAGGAGGCCGAUCUGGACGGCGACGGCAAGCUGGGCUUCGCCGACUUCGAGGACAUGAUCGCCAAGGCCCCCGACUUCCUCAGGUGCCUUCCCAAGGGGCUGGCAUGGGCAGGGCAGGCCUGAAUGGGGGCCGCAGCCAGGAGACCCCGCGGGGCUGGGGCGCUGUCACUGCUCCCGAGAGCAGUGGUCCCGGCAGGCCCCGUGUGGGCCGGGAGGCAGGUCACGUUCCAGGCCCAGGUGCCCUCAGUGCGUGACUGGGAAGUCCUCUGCCCCCAGCAGGGCCAGUCUCUGGUGAAGGAUAGAGACUGGGGGCCCUUUGGUUAUGUCGGGGGUUGGAUGCCCUGGGCACAGCUGGUCCUCCAGGCCUUUCUUCCCUCAUGCAGAUUGUUUGCAUCCUCUGCACCCUCCUGGAGGAACUGUCCAGGGUUGGGUGCGGGGCCUGGUUGGUUUCUGCUGAGGACCUUUACCCACCCAGUCCAGAGCCUCUCAGCCCCUCUUGCUCUUUCUCUUUCCAGCACUUUCCACAUCCGAAUCUGAGGACAGUGCCGAGGUUGCAGGGGCCAGAAACCGACCAUCCAGCUCUGCUGCCUACACGAGUGUGACCUCCAAGCUCCCCAGGAGAGGAACUGUGGCCUCUGGGGUUUACACCCACGAACAUUUCCUUGGCCCUUUCAGCAAAAAAUCCUUAACCAGGGAAGGGGGGAUGUGAGGAGCAGGGCCUUUCCCAGUCCCCCUGUGGUCCCUCCACAGGCCUUCCCUCUAUCCCCCCAACCUUCCCCACACCUUGGUCCUCUCCCCAUCAGAAAUGGCCCUACUGGGAGGGGAAGACAGAACCCCUAACAGGGCAGGGGUGCUGACUUGUCCAAGUGCUGGGCAGGCACCCUGGCUGCCCAGGGCAAAGUGAAAAAAAAAAAGGACAAGGUUUAACGAGCUAUGCAAUCUUUCUCCAAAACCCACAGCUGGGCUACACCCGACCCCGCCUGUUCCUUCUCCCCUGACCCUUCCCAAUGUGAAGCUGUGUGAACAGUGGGUCCAAGGGCUCUGUCCCUGUCUCUGUCCAGGACCUGAGCACCACCCCAUCUGCCCUCCCCAAUGACGUGGAAUCCUCACUGGUGUGUGCUGUCCACAGAUUUGUGAACUCCUGGUACAGUAAAACACUUUCAUGUC